CGCGAUGAUACGUCAUCAAUCGGCGUCGCCUACUACUGCACAUGUGAGCAGGAACACACUGGUAUUUGAAACACAUGAGUGAUGGUUGAGAAGAUGGGAGCCAAAGGUCAAAGGUAUUUUAGGGAUGAACAGAAGGCGUCAAAGAAACGACCCAUUCAGGGAUCCAGCGGUGAUGAGGGUGUGAAAAGAAAACGUCUGGACGCAAUGACGGUGGGCUACUUCCGCCGUGUGAGUGACAGACUGAAGGAGGGAUUCACAGAGGAGGAAGAGAGAGAUCUGUUUGUGGAGAACGUGCUGUUGGAGGUGAAGGGCAAAGCAAACCUUGUUGCGAUGGAUAUGACGGGCAGCCUGGCUCUGGAGAGACUUCUGUCAUUGGCUCAUCCCGUCCAGGUCGGAGAAGUGCUCGCAGAACUGGGCGGAGAGACGGGGUCAGAGUUCAAAGUUGCUGCGUGUAAUCGGUGUGGAGGUCAUGUGAUCGAGAGCGCUCUGAGACAAGCACACAGGUGGACAGAAGAAAGCCCCUCGGAGGAGAAACCAGAUAUCGCAGAGACUGAAUCAGAGGAUUGUGGGAUAUUGGAGGCUCAGGUGCAGCGUUUGUGUGCCGUGAUCAGAGAGAAUAUUGUAGAGUUCAUUAAGGAUCCGUACGGCUCUCAUGUGCUCAGAACACUCAUACAUGUGCUGACAGGCUGUUUGAUUCGAGAACACUCUGACGCUCAACAAGCCAAAAAAGACAGAAGAUCUCAAACUGACAUCACAGAUUUUGAGAUACCAACAUCAUUCUGGUGGGAGUUGAAAUAUCUGUCUGACUCUCUGAUGGAAAACGUCAACGUGUGUGCGACAAAUGCAAGCGGGAGCGCAGUUCUUCAGACGCUGCUCACAGUGUGUCACAGGAAGAGACCCAUACUGUGCAAAAAACUCAACAAGAGCAUUGUGGGAUACCUGACAUCACUUAGCUCAGCUUCUGGAGUCAGUCCUCUCCUGGUUUUUCUGAAAGACCCGUCCUGUAGUCACCUCAUUCAGACCAUCUUCAGGUUCUCUCAUAAAGCUCUGCUGCGUGACGUCUACAGGAAGCACCUGAGAACACAGCUCAUGUCACUCGCACUACAUCCCAUCGCAAACUACACCAUCCAAACGCUGAUCGAAGCUUCAACCAGAUUCAAAGUGUUCUUAAAAAUCUUCGAUGAGCUGAUGGAGGGUUUUGAGGCGGUCCUCGCCGCGGGUCACAUGGGUGUCGUGGUGCAGCUGGCAGAGAGCUGUGUGCGCUGGGAAGAGAGGCAGAGUGAAAUGCUACAGCGCCUCCUUCAGGCGUUUCACUGCAGUGAACCGGCAUCACGACAGGUCUCCUGUCUGCCUCUCUUCCUGUCUUUACUGGCGUAUGAAGUGUACUACAACACAGAGACAGCAGAGGGAGACACUGUCACACAGCGCUCUCUGUCCAUAUGUUACCACGGUUCACGGCUGGUUCAAGCUCUGUCCGGCUUUAAAGACCGAUCCAUACUGAUGAACGGCCUGCACGGACUGACCUCCGCCAACCUCCUGACCUUCGGGACCGAUCGCAUGGGCAGCCACGCGCUGCAGGCGCUGGUGACGUCGGCGAGCGAUAAGGGACGGGGAAAGAUCUUGAGGAAGAUGGAGGAGCUGUAUAUUCAGUUGGCAUGUUCCAGAUGUGGCAGUCGUCUCCUAGAAGCCGUGUGGAACAGCGCCACCAUCAGUCAGAGGCAAAGCAUCGCGGAAAUACUUGUGCCCAGUGAAAUUCAGCUCCGAUCUGAUCAGUUUGCGCGCCACAUUUGGGCCAAAUUUGGUCUUACUCAAUUCAUGAAGCGACGGGCCGCUUGGCAGGAAGUCCAAACGGGAGAAUCGAAGAAGAGGAAGCUGUUCAGUGAUAUUCUGGAGUGACAUGAGUUGAUCCACCGCUUACAGAGACUCAAAAUAAACAUCUUGUCAAUUGAAUAUCUGAUUUAAAUAUUAAUUUUCAAUGAAUUCCCCUUAAAAUACAAUUUUAUGAAUAAAAACACUGUAAAACC